AUGGAGCAAAAUCUCAUUCCUUUGCAACUUAUGCCUCAUCAAAAUGGCAUGUUAUCAUUUGAGGAGGAUUGGACGGGUAUAACUGACAAACGCCGAAGAAAAAAGAUGCAAGAUCGGUUGAAUCAGAGAAUCACGAGAAAGCGGAAGCUUCUGAAAUCUAAAGUACAAAAGAAAGAGGGGCGUUCCCAACUCCACCAUGGAGAUUCCGAUCUAAUCCCUACUCCACUAGCACGGCAAUUUCACUUCUCGCAUGGUGAUCAUCAAGCUCCCGAAUUAUACAGAACUACUGCACAACAAACAAACCCACAGCGAAUUCUUCCACACACAAAUUCAACUGAUAUUGAAGACAUCGACUCAAUCCAAGCAUGUCGACCCGACUCUCGGGAAACACAAUCCUUCCUCUUACAUUUCUCCACCCGUGCCUACCAUAAUUACCUCCAUUUAUCCCCGUCCUCGGAUAACUCAAUGAUGUUGAUCCAAUUUAACACCACCCGAGCUUUCAUAGCCAACGCCCAAACUCUCGGUCUAACAACUUCCUCUAUGGCCCGAACAGCAUGCUCUCGAUUCUUUGUGGAUCUCACAGCAGGAAACACAUCCUUUACUCUUGAUCUGUUUUCCUUGCCCUUAUCUCUUCACCCGACACCCCUUCAACGUGAGAUUCCUCAUCAUCCAUGGAUAGAUCUCUUACCGAUUCCUCAGCUACGCGAUAAUUUAUUGCGGAGGAAUAAUCAAUUUGAUGAAGUAGAGCUAUGUCGAGAAAUGAGAGGAGUCAAGAGUGCGAAGUUGGGGAGAAGAAAUGGGAUUAUCGUAUGGCGAGAUCCAUGGGAUGAGAGCGGUUGGGAGGUUACAGAAACUUUUGCUAGAAAUUGGGCGUGGGUUAUUGGGGGCUGUGAGGGAUUAUUUAGGUCGACGGAUCAUUGGAGGAGCUUGAGGGGGGAGAAACCGCUCUUUUUGAGGACUCGGAAUACGAGGGAGAAGUAUUGUAGAGUGACUGAAGAAGUCUCUUGA